AUGUCGAGCGGCCUUCGCUCUUCGCAGCAGCAGCGGGCACAGGCCCAGCGGAUCUCCACGCCAGGGAGGACAGCGCGGAUCCCGCGACAUGCUGCCGGCGCCCGUGCCCGCUGCCUCCACAAGCCGUCGCCGCACGAGCAGCCAACGCAGCGCGCGCCGCUCACGCCGUCGCUGCUGGAGCCGCAUGCGCGCGCCCCGCUGGAGCGCGCCUCGGCGCUGGCAGCUAGCGUGGAGCGCGUUGCCCCGGUGCUUGAAACAGCGGGGCCCGUUGCUGGCGUGAGCACGGGCGCUGAGUCACGGCUGCGAAUCGCUGUGGACGUUGAUGAGGUGCUGGGCCGGUUUGUGUACGCGCUCAACGGGUUUUGCAAGUCUCAGUACAAUAUGUCAUAUGACGUCUCAGACUACUGGAUCUAUGAGUUUGCAAAGAUCUGGGGCUGCGACCAGGAUCGCUCCAACCACAUUGUUCAUGCGUUUUUCGAGUCGCCCCACUUCAACGACGGCAUCCCCAUCAUCCCAGACGCGUUCAGCACGCUGCAGCGGCUGGGGCAGUGGUGCGACCUGGUGGUCGUCACCAGCCGGCAGCACGUCAUCCAGGACGCGACGCUGGAGUGGCUCGACCGCCACUACCCGGGGACCUUCCAGGAGGUGUACUUUGGCAACCAUUUUGCCCUGGAGGGCGCCAGCCGCAAGAAGAGCGAGAUCUGCGCCUCCAUAGGCGCCCACGUCCUCAUAGAUGACAACGUCGGCUACGCCCUGGACUGCGCCAGCAACGGGAUCGACGUGCUGCUGUUUGACUGGCAGGGCUCGUACCCCUGGAGCAAGCCGCCGCCCGGGUUUGAGCACCCCAACAUCCAGGUCGUGCGCGGCUGGCGGGAGGUGGAGGAAGCGCUCACGGCAAUGGCGCGGCCGGCGCGGGCGGGCGCGCGGGCGCCCCUGACGGCGGAGCGCCUCGCUGCGGGCGGCGGCCGCGGUGACCUGUUGUGA